CCGGGGCGGGCGGCGGCGCGGAGCUGCGAGCGGCGGAACGGGCGGCGAGGAGCCCGGUGGGAUCCGGGCCAGCGCCAAGCCGAGCCCCGCCGGCACCGUGGGCCGGAUGGGUGGCACGGCGGGGCCUGGGCCCGGGGACCCCCCGGGCGGCUGAGCCGUCCCAUGGCGGCGGCGGGCGCGGGCGCCUUCGCGUGGGUCGCCUUCCCCGCCAUGCCCACGCGGCGCGUGUACUGCAGCGCGGCGCACCGCGACGGGCAGCUCUUCGUGCUGGGCGGCUGCGGGGGCAACGGGCGCGCGCUGGGCGCCACCGAGGUGCUCGACCUCCCGGCCCAGCGCUGGACCACGCUCCCGCCGCUGCCCACGCCGCGGGCCGGUGCCGCCACCCUCGCCGUGGGCAAGCAGAUCCUGGUGGUGGGCGGCGUGGACGCCUCGCAGAGCCCCCUCGCCUCCGUCGAGGUCUACCACGUGGAUGAGGGCAAGUGGGAGAAGAAGGCGGCGCUGGCCCAGCCUUCCAUGGGCAUCGCGGCUGUGCAGAGAGACGGUGCCGUCUACGCGCUGGGGGGAAUGGGAGCAGACACCUCUCCGCAGGCGCUGGUCCGCGUCUACGAGCCGGCAAAGGACCACUGGCAGCCCCUGCCCUCCAUGCCCACCCCCUGCUACGGGGCAUCCGCCUUCCUGCAGGGCAACAAGAUCUUCCUCCUGGGGGGCCGGCAGGGCAAGCUGCCCGUCACCGCCUUCGAGGCCUUCGACCUGGAGACGAGGAGCUGGACGCGCUACCCCAGCGUGCCCAGCCGCCGCGCUUUUGCCGCCUGCGCCGCGGCCGACGGCGUCUUCUUCAGCCUCGGGGGGCUGCAGCAGCCGGGGCCCCACAACUUCUACUCCCGACCCCACUUCGUCAACACCGUGGAGAUGUUCGACCCCGUGCAGGGUGCCUGGAGCAAGCCCAGCCGCGCCAUCCGCAUGAGGGAGAAGAGAGCCGACUUCGUGGCCGGCUGCCUGGGAGGACGAGUGGUGGCCGUGGGCGGCCUCGGGAACCAGUCGUGCCCCCUGGACUCGGUGGAGGGGUUCAGCCUCCCGCGGAAGAGGUGGGAGCCGCUGCCCCCCAUGCCCACCGGCCGCUGCUCCUGCUCCAGCUGCUCGGCGCCCGGCCUGCUCUUCGUCAUCGGCGGGGUUGCGCAGGGCCCCAGCGGCGCCGUGGAGGCCCUGUGCCUGCGGGAGGUGCCCUGAGAGAGACCCCACAGCCUGGGGAGCAGCCCCGGCGGAGCACCAAGUGCCUGAAGACGGGGACAGGGUGUGCGUGCACCCGUGCAGGGGCGGCCCAGCUCUGGGGAGCCGCUGUCCCGCGGCCACGGUUUAUUCGCAAUGCAUCCGAAAUCCCUCUGGGUUCCCGCACCGCCAGGUGCUGCCGCUGUCCCACGGCAGAAGAGCCCAGGGACAAAUCCUGCUGUCCCGGUGCCUGGGGAGGGCCGAGGCCGCCGGCGCGGGGAGCCGCGGAGGCAGGGCUGUCACCGCCGUGCCGCCCCGUUCGGCCCCAUGUCCGUGCCGUGUGUGUAGCAGUGAGUGCUGUGUUGUCGUAGACCCAGUCAAUGUCUCAUGUAGCGCAGAGGUGCCCUGUAGCUCAGUGCCUAGGAGGUGACAUAGCACCUCGAAUAAAUGAAACACGUGCAGUUUUA